CAUUGUUCCAAGAACAAGAAGGACAAGAAGCCCGAUGACCAGGUUCCUGUCUACGUGUCAUUGUUCCGACAUCAAGACUUCGACAACGACGACCGACGAUGACACAUUUCAGCAUGUCGAGAACCGGUCCUGGAGAACGGCGUACUUGGAGGCUCUGCGACGAAGCAGGAAGCAUCACUUGCCUCGAGAUGUUGGUUCAGGAUGCCGGAGCGUUCAACAGAUUCAUUCGAGAAGCAAAACCUCGCACAUGAUGUUGGCCGCCGACAAGGAUAUCACCGAGUGUAACGAAAGCAACGUGGUACCUGAAGCAGCACUAACAGAAGCCGGUCUUUCCAGCGAUUACGUCACCGCCCGAGCCACGAGCAGAAGGCAGUCCUACGUCGAAAAGAAAGGGCAGUACGGGACAUCCCAGGGAAGCCUCGAAGCAAAGGCCGCACAUGAGAGCCGCGGAUUCUUCGUCGGCGCGCCUCCCCAUAAGUUCACGUUCUACUCACUCUUGGUGGCCUGCUUCGUGACAGUGCUCGUUUACGUCUACUUUGUCAUCCAGUCCUCCUCGGAUCGACCACAGGCAGGCAACGUUGCCACCCAGCCGACAAAUGGCACCACUUUGAUUCUUCACACGUUUGAGCCGUCUUGAACUAUUCCUGAAUGAAAGUUCAUGCAUAACAGUGUCGUGUCGUGACAAUUCUUGUCCCUUACGGGUGCUAGUUCUGCGACGG